AUGGCCCCUAGAAGAGGUGGUGGAGGAGGGAGUGGCAGCUCUGUCGAUAACCAGUGCAACCGAUACGGUGCUUUUUCUAGCGACAUCUAUAAGGCGCAAAUUGGUAUUGCAGGUGGAAUUCUAUUAUUAUUUUUAAUACUGGCAUGUUGCACGAGCAGCCGAAGUGGAAACAGAAAGAAGGCUGGUCAAGAAAAGUCGAUAUUGAGAUGGUACCAGUACGGAAUCGGCCUGUUCUUAGUCAUUGCUUGGUUUAUACUCCUGAUCGUUCGCGCUGUUCUGGACCAAUGUGGCGUCCUCAACUCCUUCGAUUCUACUGCUAUCGGCACUGCAAUGAUAGUCACUCAGAGGUUGACUGAAGUAUAUCUACUCGGUCUCAUCCUGUUUGUCGCGGUAAAUCGCCUGUUCCAACUCGCCGGCUCAACUAGUCUCAAACGGACAAUGGUUGUCCUCGGCGCCAUCUUCUUUUCCAUCGUCUUCAUCUUAGUUCUGGCAUGGAUUAUACUCGCCUGCUUGAUUAUAUGGGGUGUGGAGAGCGUUGAUACAAGGUCAGGAGGAAGAGCAAGAGACAGAUUGCAACAGGCUUAUGUGGUACUAUACCUCCUUCUGGCGAUAUUUGCUGUUAUUGGGUUGGUUCUGGCAUGGAUCCGGUUGGCAAAAAAGACAGAACGCAAGCAGGGCGUUACGGGUUGGAUUCCAGUACUCAUAAUCUGCAUCCUCGGCUUCUCUUUCUACAAUGUCAUAGAAUUGUUCCUCGAAGCGUACGACCCACGAAGCCUCACAGCUAUCGGUGUCACAGUCGGCUUCGGCAUCUCGUUACUCUUUUUCUUCGGCGCCUUCUUCUCACUUUUCAUGAUCGCUAGCGGUAGAGGCUGGGACUUCCUUCGUCUACCACAGGAUAUCCAGCCAGAAUACAAUAUGGGUGCGCCACCACCAAUGACUUCGCCGUAUGCACAGUCUCCAUACGAUACUAUGCAGAGCCCGGAUGCAAAUAAGCGGAUGAGCUAUGCUUCCCAUGGAACCGCACCGGCACCGGCACCGCCUUAUAUGGGAGGUACUGGAAUGGCGUACAGUGGUAAUGGAGUUUACGAGCCACAGGGACAGACCUAUGAUAAUGGCAGAUGGGCUUCAAGUGGAUAUGCGCCAGUUGGUCAGGCGCCUACGGGGUACAGUGCCCCAAUAGGAGCGGCGAGCCGGGAUGUUGAGAAUAGUGAGUUAAUGGGCAGGAGAUAA